AUGGCUACUACGAAGAGUAGUGGGGACAGAGGAGUGGGAGGAGGAGGGGGAGGGGUGAAGGAAGGGGAGGAGGGGGAGGGGAGAGAGGAGAGGAAGAGGAGGAGGGAAGAAAAGGUGGCGAGGCAACAGGAGUGGGUCAAAGGAAAAGAGGGGGAUGAACGUAGGUUGACCUUGGCCCACAGGUUACCCACGCUCACGGUGAAAUGGGGAGACCCUGGUGGAGGAUCUUUUACAGAUGUGGCGGCGGCGGCGGAGGGGAAAGUCGAUGUACUAGAGGUUGGGUUUGUGUCUUCCAAAUGUGGCGAGCUUUUCAGGGAAGAAGAAGAAGAAGAGGAAGAAGAAGAAGAAGAAGAGGAGGAGGAGGAGGAGGAGGAGGAGGAAGAGGAGGAGGAGGAGGAGGAGGAGGAGAAUAGAGAGAACAAGAGGGAGAAGAAUAAGAAUAGAAAGAGGAAAAAGAAGAAGAAGAGGAGGAGGAGGAGGAGGAAGAGAAGAAGAAGAAUAGAAAGAAAAGAAGAAGAAGAAUAG